CUCUGGGCCAUCAAAGAUGAGAGGACGCUCCAGCAGUCAUGCCCGACCAACAUUGGGAUAGCCUACCCGACUUGGAGGAACUCAAGCAAAUAACUUGCAAAUUCUGAUGGAUAUCCCUGCCUGUGCUGCCUAGAGGACACGACAGAAAGGCCCAGAUCCAGCCGCCACCAUGUCGAGCAAGCGUGCAAAGGGAAAGACCACCAAGAAGCGCCCUCAGAGGGCUACCUCCAAUGUCUUCGCCAUGUUCGACCAGUCUCAGAUCCAGGAGUUCAAAGAGGCGUUCAACAUGAUCGACCAGAACAGAGACGGUUUUAUCGACAAGGAGGAUCUGCACGACAUGCUGGCCUCUCUGGGUAAGAAUCCCUCCGAUGAAUACCUGGAGGGGAUGAUGGCCGAAGCACCAGGGCCCAUAAACUUCACCAUGUUCCUCACCAUGUUUGGAGAGAGGCUCAACGGAACGGACCCCGAGGACGUCAUCCGCAAUGCCUUUGCCUGUUUUGAUGAGGAGGGAUCUGGUGUGAUCCACGAGGACCAUCUGAGGGAGCUGCUGACCACCAUGGGCGAUCGCUUCACAGACGAAGAGGUGGAUGAGCUGUUCCGUGAGGCGCCCAUUGACAAGAAGGGCAACUUCAACUACGCAGAGUUCACCCGCAUCCUCAAACACGGCGCCAAAGACAAGGAUGACGAGUAGAGGGAAGAACCGACCACCCUGGGCCCCCACGCACAUGGCACCACAAAUCAAUCCCUUGUUCCUAUCUUUAUGGGCCUUGUAGGUUUGAAAGAAAUUGAAUGGAAAGAAUAUAUAUCAAAGUUUUAAAAAAAGAGCAGACGUGGUCGUUGUCUUACGUUUAUUUAGAUCUACGCAGGUUUAUGUAAAGUAGGAGCUUGGGAUUCUUUUGGGAUCCACAGAAAUAUUUUGCAAUACAUUUCAACUUGUGUCAUCAUUAAAGAUCACCACGAUGAGAGGUGUAUUUGCAUCUCAUAGCUACACGUCUAGGGCCUCAGCCACUUUGACUGCGGCCGUUCUGACCUUUUGUAGAUCGUGGCAGGGAACCUGGUUGGACUUUUGAGAUGCAUCAAACACCAUAUACAGUAUGUGUGUGCGUGGGGUUUAUUUUUGUUUGGACUGCCACAUUCAGUGCUUCAUACAGUACCAGCAAUGUUUACCUCUUCCUGCCAAUUAGCCAUUACACCUGCACAAGCACUGCAAUGAGUCUCCUUAUCUGUAAUAUUUGUAUCCCUCUAUGUUGGAAAUGGAUUUUAAAAAAGUAAUUCUGAUUGUGUUUAUUAAAAGUGAUGAGUACUUCCGCUUGAUGAAAUAGAUUUGAGUGCUUUUAGUAUAAACCUGUAUCAGCUGGUUGGGUAUAUUCGUUGAAGGAUCAGGUAUGUCUGUGCCGUUGAAGGAAUCCAGGCUUGAAAUUGCUCAGGCAAAUAAAGUAAGUUUAUUCAUGCCGUUGAAA